GUUGAAAGCAAAGCCGGCCAGUUGCCAUCACUAGAAUAAUUUCAAAGGCAUUUGUGUUUUCGAUUUUCAUUUAUUUUUGCCAAUAAUUUGUUUAUUAAUUGUGUGCAUAACAUGGUUAAACUUUCCAACGCACGCAGCAGGGAGUGUGCCACACGUAGCGACGACGAUGCGCCGGCCAAAGUCAGCGAUGACGAUACAAAAUCAAAGCCAAGUAAAUCAAAGCAAUCAAAAAAGAAACAUGCGGAUGCCGAAAAUCGCCCGAGAAGCGAAAAGCGCAAAGGAAAAUCGGAACGCGAUAGCUCCACUUCCAGCUCCUCUUCCAGCGGCAGCAGCAGCAGCAGUAGCAGUAGUAACAGCAGCAGCAGCAAUAACAGCGAUGCUUCCAAAUCCUCCAGCCAUAAGAAACGCAGCAGCAAAUUAAAAGCGGUCAAAGAUGCAUCACCGAAGUCACAACAACAACAACAGCAACAGCGUGAGAAGCAACAACGUGAAGUUGGCAAUAUGGAGAGUAAAAUGGGAGAGCAGCGCUCCAAGUGGGACAGUCCAGAGAGAGGCGGCGCCGCUCAACGUCACAAUUCCAGCAAAAACAACACAAAAGCAGCGCGCAAACGAAGUCGCAGUCGUUCACGCAGUCGUGAGCGAGAGCGAGAACGUGAGCGGGACAGAGAUAGAGAGCGGGAUCGAGAUCGUGAGCGUGAGAAUCAAAUGCGACGUGGUCGUGAGCGGGAGAGGGAGCGGGAAAGAGAACGGGAGCGGGAUCGAGAAAGGGAACGGAGCAGGGAACGAAGGCAGCCACAGCGCAAUCGCAGCAACGAACGUCGGGACAGAACACGACGCUCCCCGGAUCAGCGGAGACGCAGCCGGAGUCGGAGUCGCAGUCCACGAGAUCGUCCUUACAGAGGUGGAGGUGGAGGUGGCGGCGGAGGCGGAGGCGGACAACGUCGCCAGGAUCAGCAGCAGCAGCAACGUCGCAAUCGGGAUGAGGAGCACUUUGAGUGGGGCAAGCCAAGCAACGAUAAGGACAAAGCAAAUGACAAACAAGAUGAUGAGCCUGUGGAUAAGGAAAAACCCAAUUUUGGUUUAAGUGGUGCCCUCACCGAAGACACCAACAAGGUGAAUGGGAUUGUGGUCAAGUACUCGGAGCCACCCGAAGCCCGCAAACCCAAACGUCGCUGGCGUCUAUAUCCCUUCAAGGGUGAAACAGCGCUGCCAACGCUGCACAUCCAUCGACAGAGCUGCUUCCUGGUGGGUCGCGAUCGGAAGGUGGUUGAUCUGGCUGUGGAUCAUCCCAGCUGUUCCAAACAACAUGCAGCAUUGCAAUAUCGUCUGGUGCCUUUUGAGCGCGAUGAUGGCAGCCAAGGGAAGCGAGUGCGUUUAUAUCUCAUCGAUUUGGAAUCGGCCAAUGGCACAUUCCUCAACAACAAGAAGAUCGAUGGUCGCAAAUACUAUGAGCUAAUGGAGAAGGAUGUCAUCAAGUUUGGCUUCAGCUCGAGGGAAUAUGUGCUGCUGCAUGAGAACAGCAAGGAGGAUCAGGAGGAUGAUGAUGUGCAUAUCAAAGAUGAACCGAUCGAUGAGCCAAACGAACCGAUUGAGACACAAAACUGAUAGAGAUGCCAAUAAUUAGCGCACUCAUUCACACACUUACACAUUUGACUCACCGCCCGAAUCAUAUUUAGUUUUUAAAUUAAGUUUCAUUUCAAUAUAUCUAUAUAUCUAUAUAUAUAUAUGAAUUUAUGUAGCAGCGUAUGUGUUCUUUUUAACAUUCUUGACCAAUUUGUUGACAAUCACUUGAGCGAGCAAAAGACAUUGUUAACAAUUAAGCACGAUCAAUUCGUGUGCCAACUGCCAACAAUUGAAAUACAUGCCACAUGCAACAUGCAACGAAUUCAACUGUCUCUACAUAUGUGUAAAAUGUGCAGCCUAAGUUCUUCGAGCUAAGAGAAUUUAAUACCAGAAUCUUUUAGAAAACUUUUGUAAUAACUACGAAGGGAAAAAUUGUCAGUAACUUCUUUUGUAUUCAGCGUUAUGUGCCCAAAAUUAUAUGACAAUAUUUAAUUCAAAAGCUCUUCAUUAAAAAAGAUUUACAUUGAAUGCUUAA